AUGCGAUUCGAAAAGAAUACGGAUGGGAACUUCGUCACCCCCUCCGGAAUCAGCGAUGAGACUCAAGAAGAGAUAAUGAAAGCUUGGGCUACUAAUUAUCAUGCCCUGAGCUCACCGUCGUAUAACAUGAGCAAACUUGCAUUGAACCGUCUUGCAGAAUAUGUUGAUGCAGAAUUCAAAUCAGACGUGGUUUGCAUCGCUGUCCACCCGGGAGCUAUCAAAACUUCUGACGAUACUCUACCGUGGGAUGAUAUAUUCCUCGACGACAUCAGCCUGCCUGGUGGAUUCUGUGUGUGGCUUACAAAGACAAAGCGUGCCUGGCUAUCGGGCCGCUUUCUAGUCUCGGGAUGGGACGUUGCUGAGCUAGAGAGCCAGAAGGAAAGAAUUGUGGCGGAGGACAAAUUCAAAUUUCGAUUGGCAAUAUAG